AUGACGACGGCGAGCGGCUUCGUACCCUCUCUGGUUGCGGCGCUCGAGGGCCUCGCCGCCGCCCUCCAGCGCCAGCACCGCAGCCACGCUUCCGCCUUUUCUUCGCAUGCAUCUGCCUCGAUGCACGAGGUCUCAGCGAUGCUCCGGCACCUCCAAGCGUUCCUCCUCACAAACAUCUUCACCCCUGCGCUCAUCGCCGACCCUUCCCACAAUCCGAGCGCUUCCUAUCUCCGGUGUUUGAUUCAUCGCGUGGAGCUGGAUCUCUACGCGCUUCUCGUCAGCAGUUCCGAGUUCGCGAACCUACCGACUCGGUUGCUGGCGGCGAUGCUCAUCAAAUCCCUCGCAGCCAUCUCGCCGUCUUCGCCGCCUUCCCUCUUCGCGGCUUCUCGAUCUGGUUCCGCCGCCGCAGGUCCCCCCGCGGCGUGGCAGUCUCUCUCCGUCGUCUCGGCCUCCACCUCCUUCGAAUCCCCGCUCCCUUCGGCGGACCCGCCUGCGCGGCUGCGCGUCUCGUUCGACGUCCACGUCGAGGGCGAGAGAGACGCUGCGGCGCCAUUCGCCGCGCGGGGCGCCCCGGCCGACGGACCCUCUGGAGACUUGGGCUCCCCGGGCGCGGUCGCGGAGCCGAGCGCGAGGCCUGCGGGCCCUGACGGCGCCGCCGCCGCGUUCGGGCACCUCCCGGGGUUUUUCUUCACGAAUUUCGGCGGCAACAUGGCCUUGUACAGUCCACGCCAGCUGGGGGCCUUCCUCGGGCUCCUCGCCGAGUUGCACCCUGCGGACCUGCUCGUGGCCAACGUGGAAAACUUGGUCGCCUGGGUGGUCUCCUCGCCGCACGCACGGACCGCGGAGGUGACCCUUCCCGGCCUCGUGACGGAGCUCGACGGAGAGGACGACGCCGCGGAUUUCGCAGACCGUUUCGCCCGUGCAGGCCACUCCGCCGGGCUUCCGCAGGGCGGCACGACGCUCACUCGUCUUCUGGAGCGAAUAGCCGACGGCAAGAAAGGUGGCGUGGCGGACGCCCCGAAUCCCGCUCUCUCGGCGAAGGCUCCUAGCGCACCGGAACGCGUCGCGGACGACGGGCCGUCUCGAUGCGCGCGGUCCGCUCGCCAGGAUGUGUCCUCGCUGUCUUCGCGGCUCGCCGCCUCGGAGACCUUGCGGCCUCUACCAGCGUCGCGGGGCUCCAUCUUGACAUCGCUCUUCCCUUCGUCGCCCGGACAGUCGCAGGACCGCGGCCCGACGUCAGUUUUCUCGUCCUUGGGCGAGGCGGGCCGUGCGGGGCCCAAGGGCGAGGGCGACGUCCCAGCAAAGGGCGGCCGUCUUCACUUCCCGCCUGUGUCGCGUCUCGUUUCGAGCGACGUGUCUCGCAGUGGGGUGACUCGCGAGAACCUGGACGCGCCGUAUCCGUCUUCUGGAGGCGGCGCACCCUUCUUCAUCUUCGCGCCGCCGGUCGGGUACGGCGCCUGCUCAGCCUCAGCGUCGUGUGCGGGUCUGCCUACGCCUCCUCUGGCCCUCAGACAAGCGGCACUCAGCUGUCUCCUUGCGCUCCUGCGGCGGUGUUUCUGCGCGUCUGAGGACGCGUUUUCCGUCGUGGGGAAGUGCCGCCGCUUGGCGCUGGACGUCGGCGACUCGCGGGGAGCUGCGCCGGGAGGACCAAGACAGGAUCCGUCCUCGCCCUUUCCGCCUGGGGACAGGCCCACUGGAGACCCCACAGCCCCCGGGGCUCCGGGCGCGGGCCUCGGCGGCGCCCACAGCGAGCAGGCCAGAGACACUUUGCUCGAGGCGAGAAGCGGCGGAGACAGCAGACGCACGGGGGGAGCCGUCUGGUGUGCCGCGCUGCGCCGCGUCGUGCGGCGCAUAGAGGCCUGGGGCGUCGCGCUGCUUCUAAGCCCUCAAGGCGGGGACUCCACGGAAGAGACUCAGAGCCACUGGACGAUCCUCCGAACGCUGUGGGGCGGAGCCAAACGCGCAAAGGCCGUGCUCGAGGCGGACGGAAAACCCUGUCGAGAGAUGUUUACGUGUCUGUGCAUCGCCGAGGACUACUCUGACGAUCACCGGUUGAACGUCCAGUUUUUUUCCUCGAUCUACGCCUGGUUGGUGACCGUCUAUCAUCGGCAAAUCGCGCUGGCGAGACGCAAGCAGAUUGGUGAAGAGGCGAUUUUCAAGCUCACACACUUUGGCUUUCUUCCGUACUCGACGCUUGUUCGGCCGUCCGUAGCGAGUUCCCGCUCUGCCUUCGCCUCCGCCUCCGCGCUGUCGGCUCUCUCUCCUUAUCGCCAGUCUCGCGCUGCGUCUUCGCGCCUCACGAGUCAUGUCUUGCAAGAGACGCCUGCUGAGGAAGACGAAGAAGACGAAGAGGAAGACGCAGCGGAGAACAGAGGACCCGAGCGAGAGCUGGACAGAGAGGGAGAGGAGCCGCAGAGGGAGGACGGCGUGCACGAUCUUGUUCAGCGCCUGGUCCAGAUGACGAUGACCUUCGACGAGCGAAGCAUGCCCGCGAGCCUUGAGACGCCUCAGGUUGGUCAGGAGGAAGUGGACGGGCGCGCAAACGAGGCAGCCGGCGAAGAGCGGGCAAUGGCCUCCCCUGAGCCGUCGCGCGCCUCUGCGGCGUACGAAGGAGUCGCUCGAAGUUCCCAACCGCCGUCGCAAACCAAAUCCACGAACCUUCCCAGAUCGGAGCCGCCAUCCCCGAGCCUUUUCGCCUCGAGCGAAAGUCCGUCCACACGUCACCCUUCAUCCUUCACAUCUUCUUCCAAUCUCUCUGCGUCUUCCGCGCCCCGUCGUUCGCAUCCCCCUCCUUCGGCGUCUUCCACUGCAGCGAUUUCCACUGCAGCCGUUUCCACUGCAGCGGCUUCCUCUCAUUCCUCUCCCCAAUCUUCGGCUUCUGUAUCUGGUAGGCUGGCCGUACAGCCGCGCGGCGGAGGCAGCCUGGUGGAUCUGUUGCCGAUGAAUCGUCGCCUUCUGGCUGCUCUCGCGACAUACUGUCUCCGUUUGCUUGCGCAGGUCGAGAGACAGCAGAGCCUGAGGCGCCAGGAAGUGGUGCGCAUGCGCGAGAAGUCCGAGAAAGCCUCGCUGGCCUCGCUCUCGUCGAAAUGGAGUUUGUGGCGGCGAGGCGCGGCGAGCAAGGACCAGCGGGCUCUAUCGCGUUUGGCCUCGGCGGCUGCGCUCCGAGACGGGAGCGCGGAGACAGAAAUCGGAGCGUUCCCCACAGGCCGUCUCUGGAACGAGGAAAAUGCGAGAGAGCGUGAUGACGCAAAGCGUGGUGUGUCUCGAAACAAAAACCCCUUUUCCGAUGGCGUCCAACUGGGCGGCUCCCCCGUUUGGAGUCUGGGCCAGCACGCAGGAAUCUCCGAGGCAGUUUGGGAUCUUCAAAUGUCCGAUGCAGUCGGCGUCGAAGCUAUGCGAAUUCUGGACCUCGUCUGCCGAGCAGAUGCCGAAUUCGUCGCCGCCGUCUUCCCCACCAUCAAGCGCGUCUGCGAGCGGACGCUGGCGGGAGGCGGAGGGUUGCACCUGUUCACGUGUGUUUUCCACUUUUACUUGCAUCACCACCCGCACCAGCUGUUGUCUCUCGACAGCUUCGUUCAGCAGUACGUCACCCAUCUCGGGCUCCACUAUCGCUCCGUGCUGCUAAGCAUGAAUGCGCUGACUUUCCUCAACAACAACCUCCAGGCGCUCGUCGUCAAAACAAACAUCUUCACCAGAUAUUUCCCCGUCAUUUUCAAGCUCGUCGCCUACCACCCGCGCGCCGCCGGGAGUCUCCUCCUACCGCUCCUACCUGCCAUCGUAGGGCCUUCGACGCUGAUGGAGGUUCUUCACUCGCUCUUGGACCUUCCGCUGACGGCUUCCUUCCUUGAGAGAUUCGACGAGGAAGGGGCUGCGGCGGCGUGCUUUUUCGCCUCCUCGUUUUUCUCUUCCUCAAAGGAAGUCUGUUCAGGCGCGGCUGCGCUCAGCGCCUCGGCGGCUGCGGGCGACGGCGCCUGUCCCUUCCUGCGAGCCUUGAAAACCUAUCUCCUCCGCAACGAAGCAGGGGGCCGCAACGUGAUUUGGGAGGCUGAAGACAACGAAGAAGUUAUCGCCAACAUCGAACUUCUCUGGAGACGCCUCCCCAUCACCUCGCGCCUCUCCGCGGUAUGCAAGGUCGUCCCCGCCGUCCUGCAGGUGUACUUUCGGGUGGUCCUCGACGACGCGCCUCCUUUCUACAUCGAAAAGGUCCUUCGCGUGCUGCUGGAGCGGUUUCUCCUGCUCUGUCCCGUUGAGUUUUACAUGGACGCAAUGAACCGCCUCUUCUUGUCGAUGAUCCUCCAAAUCUUCCAUCGCCACCCGAUGUUUGUCAUUACCUUGCGUACGCAGAUUCUGCAUGCGGUUUACAGACACCUGACAGUUCGUGGUGCUCUUUUGAGUCGGCAUUUGUGCUGGGUUAUGGGGGAGUAUUCCUCGCCACAUCUUUUAGCGGAGUCGGGAAUGCACUGGUCGGACGCCUGUUUCUCCGAGGACAGACCCGAGCCUACUAACGGCGCGUCUGCCUCGGGCAGCGCUCUCGCUCCCACCGUUUCCCAGACAGGCGCCACGCUCUUUGCCGGUUUCUUCGACGCCUUGGAGAGCUUGGCGUACGAGGCGAUUGCCUCCGUCGGCCCGAUCGCCGCAGGCUACCCGUCCGCCUCUGCUACGUCCCGCGGCCGUUCCCCGCCGAUCUCCUCUGGCAACGCCUUCCCGCCUUCCGCCGGUGUCGCCCCACAAGGCGCUCCCGGCCUGUCGCCGGCUGGCUUUGAGAGCCGCGGAGACACUGCGAGGCCCGCGGGGGAAGUGUGGGGAGGUCCCGCGUCCUCCGCGGCUGCGCCGGGCGAGGACAGGAGUUCCGGCGAAGGCGCGAGGCCAGAGACAAGUUUCCUCUCCAGUGACCCAGAGGAAACAGACAGCGAAGAUCUGUCUGAAUUUUCGAGUGACGAGAGCGGCAACAGCGAGGAAGAGCGCGAAGACGACGCUGGAGCGGUCUGCCGACAAACGCCGGCGGACGAAGUCCAGGUCCACCGCGACAAACUGAAGCAGAUCUUCACGCCUUGCUUCAUCUGCGUGGUCAUUACAGCCAUGACAAAGUUUGCUCUGCGCUACCCUCAAUUCAUGCCCCGCGUCGUCCUGUGUUUCUCCAAGCUCAGCAACUGCUUCGCGACUGGGGAGUACGCGAGCGUCCGCGCACGUGUCGAGACGUGCCUCCACAUGACUGCCACGUCGUCUGCAUGCGCGUCCAUUCUCCAAGCUUGCGUUCUCUCGCCCGCGGGUUCUGUCGGCGCCGCGGGGACCAGCCUCGACGCCAGUGGACUCGACAGAAGCCGCGGACCCAUUGGCCUAAACGUUAACACGGUGCACAUCCCUCAUUUGCACUCCCUCGGUCACUACUGUCGCACGCCGUACAACUUUGUCCCGGGACCGCGUUUGCAUUUGUUUGAGCUGCCAAGCUACCCCGUUCCCGGCGCCUCUGGGGCGUCUGAGGGGUACCUGGCCCAGCGCUUGUUCACCGGCCGUUCUCUGCCUGCUCGUCAGAACAAAACGGCCUUUGGGCAGUGGCGGUGUGCGUGUCCUCGAGGAGAUUUCCCUGCUUUGCCCGACCAGAGCGGCGACAGUUUGUGCAGUCGACGGGAAAGGUUCAGCGACGCUGCGUGCUGCAGUGAGCAGGGCGUUGACGGCCCCGCUGACGUGGACGCGCGCGGCGGGGUCGGGGCGACUUGCCUGUCUCGUUCAAGCGGCUCGUGCGGAACGUGCCUGGUUGAAGAGUUCGCUCUCCCUUCAGACCGUACUGAUUACUGGCCUUUUCCUGUCGGUCGAAACGGAGCGGCAGACUUCGCAGAAGAUGCCGACGCCCCCGGCCCGCUUUUUGCCCAUCCGCGUGUGACGCAGAUGCUGCUCAGACGGCAAAUGCAGCAACUGGGAUAUGCAGGGAGCUGA